AUGAAUUCAUUAUAUCAAUCGCUUAUAACAGCAUUUUUUAUCCUCUUGACUGCACUAUGCUUCUAUUUGAACCGCAUACUUGUCGACAAGAGAAAAUUACAGCGAACAAAUGCUCUCCUCAAGAGACUAUAUUCUAGCAAUUUAGUGUAUGCGCAACUGGAGCGUCAAAUUCAUACUCUAAAGUCCGUAAUCGAAGACUAUCCGUGUAUACCAGAGCCAGAAAAUGAUUACUACAACAAUAGGAAUAACAAUUGUUUCGGUAACAACGCACAUGCGAAAACUGCCGAAACGCCAAUAAAACCCACAAAGAAUGUAAACGAGAUGUCGUUUAUCGAUGAUGGUGUUGAGCUAGCGACUUUUCGCGAAGCAUGUGAGAUGCUAGUGACCGGAGAAGUCAUAUUGGAACAGUUGGAGAAACAGCGACAGGCAGCGAGAGUUGAUUUAUUAAAGGAUGGUGUAUACACCGAACGUUCUCAGUAG